AAAAUAUAUAAAUGAAAGACUUGGUGAAUCAAAAUCGUUCACAUUUGACUGCUGAAGAAUCCUUAAAAAAACUCUAUGAAUAUUCAUACAUUUAAGAUGCAAAAUAAAGAUCCUAUCACUUAAGAUUGUAAAAAGCCCAUGCAUUUACUUUCGGUGCUGUUGCAUCAAUAGCAGUGUAUUAUGUUGGAUAUAAUUUGAUUGAAGGAGUCUGGGCUAAAUUAUCAACAACCAAUUAAAUCACUAAUUUGUUUAGAAUUGCCUAAAAUCCAGUCAGAUCAGUCUACAGACCUGAAAUCUAUUUGCGAGAUCAAAAUGCAGAUCAAAUUUUAGCAUAAAAAACUUAAGAAUAGAAUAAUCCAUUAAAGUUAUGGCAUUGAGAAAUAAAUCAUAUAUACAAUCAAUAAAAUAAUAUUUAUAAAUGACUUCA